CGUGAACCAUCAUUUGUUGCGCUUUCCUGCGGCCGGGAGUCUCUGGAUCGCGAAUUUAUUAUACCUGUGCCUGUCGCCUCUAGACAUAAAAUAGCUUGAACCGCCUCCCCUUACCUGAACAAAUGCUUUCACACAUCUAGUCCGCAAUAUGCCAAGAACAAGAUCAGCCGUGAACCGUCGCACCUCCACCACAAAGAAGGCCGAAACAAAUCCACCCCCAGAGGUCCCAAAACCAUCACGCGAGCAAAAGGCCAAAGUUGUUAAAAAGCCCCGCGCUAAGAAAGGAAAGGAGACAAGCAAUGACAGUACAGCAUCAUCUAUAAGCGUUGGAUCCAAAAUUCCAUGGACCAAUAGCUUUGGAGGGGCAAUCUAUCUUCACGAUGGAACCAAAACGUCGCUGAAACAGCUAGUGGAGAAGAGCCACAACGGGUUGAUUGUCUACGCAUACCCAAAAUCUCGUGAUGAUGAAUCGGACGACCUACACGGCGAGAUGGACCACUCUCAGCUGGACUGGGAGUCGUUAGAGAUGGACACAAUAGGCAUCUAUCGAGAUACUGUAUCGUCAAUUACUGCAUUUAUGGAAGGGCCCGGAUGGGGGGUGCCUAUUGCCAGCAAUUUGAGCGGAUCUUUGAUGAGAGCAAUGUCGCUUACUUCUCCUAAAGGUGUUCUCAAACAGGGUGCGUUUAUUGUAUCGAGAGAAGGGAUCCUCCUAGGACGCACGAUUGGAAAGGUAGAUAAAAUUAUGGAUGAUGUACACAAGAUGUUGACCAUUAUUAAGGAAGAAAGAGGCGAGGAAGAAGAUUGGUAGACUGUUUAAGUCAUGACAUUGUACGCUCAUUGUUCAGGAUCUCGCAAAGGCGAGUCCUAAAAAAAUAUACUUGGACAAUUUGGCGAUAAUUGACCUCUCG